UGUGUUGCUAACGGGACGCUGAUCUAGUUAUCAGCCACGGUAGCUUGCUAGCCAAUAUAGCUAAAACGUUAAAGCUCAUUAGACACUUUCGGUGUGUAUUAGCCACUGUUUUAAACACACGUAUGUCAUAUAGCUAGCUAAUUGUCGCAUAUAAUUGCAUUUUACGUUGCUAGUAGUUAGCUAGCUGGUUAAAUUAGCAGUAGCACUUGACGUGUCAUUAAUGCUAACUAGCCAGCUAACAUCCCCGACCAUGAGCUCACAAAGCUACUCUCCCCCUGCUGAAGAAGAGGAGGUCUGCUGGACGGUGAAAGAGGAGGAGGAAGAGGAGGCUGUCACCGUCAAACAAGAAGUAGCGGGUGAGGCUGUAACAGUGAAAGAAGAGGAAGACGCUUUCAGAGUGAAACAGGAGGAAGCGAAAGAGCAGGAUGUUGGAGUGGAGGGGGAGAUCACUGUCACAUUGGAUGAGGAAGACGUGGUUGGAGUGGAGGAGGAAGAGAAGACUGGAAAUCUGAUUAACACCAGAGCGAUAUCAAACUGUCACUCUGACAGAGGAAAGAGUCCUUCAGGGGAACUCGAUCCAGAGACGUCCAAACCAGUGAGGCGACACCACUGCUCACAGUGUGGAAAGAUAUUUAUCAGGUUAAAGCACCUGAAAGAACACAAGAGAACGCACACAGAGGAGAAGCCUUAUCAUUGCUCCCAGUGUGGAAUGUGUUUUGGACACUUAGGGUAUCUAAAAGUGCAUGAAAGAACACACUCUGUAGAGAGGCCUUUUCAAUGCUCUCAGUGUGGCCAGAGAUUUAUCCAGUCGUCGCACCUGAAAGAGCAUGAGAGAACACACACAGGAGAUAAGCCUUUCCAAUGUUCUCAGUGUAAAAAGAGUUAUACCAAGUUAGGGAACCUGAAAAUGCAUGCGAGAAUACACACAGGAGAGAAGCCUUUCCACUGCUCCCUGUGUGAAAAGAGUUUUACCUAUUUAGGGAUACUGAAAAAGCAUGAAAUGACACACACACGAGAGAAACCUUUCCAAUGCUCCCAAUGUGGAAAGAGUUUGACAGAACACACACAGGAGGGGAGAAGACCUAACGUUGUUAAGACCAGUUAAGGCCCCGGAAUAACCACCUCCAAAAUUAUUGGCACCCUUGAUAAAGAUGUGUUUAAGAUCAAUAAUACAAGUACUGAGCUGAAUAUUGUAUGCUGAAUUUUUUGGGGGAAAUUGUGAUGUAUACAAAUACAUUUGCUCAGAGAAAAAACAAAAAAAUAUUUUUUUGUUGUUGUUAGUUUUCAUUUAUUGGCACCCGUAAAGAUUCUUGUUAAUUAAAAAAAAUAAAAAAUGAAUCUCUACAUUAACAUUGUGAUAAAAAAUUAAAUCUACAUUAACAUUCUGAUGGGACAUUUUCUCUCUGUGUAUCAGAUUAUAUGUUUAGAAUAAUGUUGCUCUGUAAUUACAUGUCUUGGUUUGGUUCAUGCAACUGACUGACUGAUUGUAGAUGGGAGUAAACCAUAAGCAAUUUAGCAGUACGGCCCAGAACAUUGCUCUGUGGGACAAAAGGAGUAUCUCAGCCUCGUGAGGUAUCAGUCAGUCACAUGCAGGAACCAACGUUAAUAAUGUAAAUCAUGCUUAUAUGACUUGUUUGUGUAGCAGUAUAUAAGGGCUGAAAGGGAACGCCCUUUUCAUCAAGCUUGGAUUGAGUUUGUGAACCUUCCCGGGCCGUGAUAAUAAAGAGUGUUUCGUUUAAACUUGA